AUGAAGUUCACACUUGCCUUUACUCUUGCCAUGGCAAGCUUCGCUGCGGCGGCUCCUAUUGCUGACAAGCGCGAUACCACCGCGUACAAAGCUCUUGCGGAGAAUCCUACGCAGGUUGCCAGCGACGAUGAAGUCAAUCUCCUCGCUGCCCGUAUUGGGUACAAGGACAAGCGCGACUCCACCGCGUACAAAGCUCUUGCGGAGAAUCCUACGCAAGUUGCUAGCGAUGACGAGGUCGACCUUCUCGCUGCCCGUAUCGGGUACAAGGAAAAGCGCGACUCCGCUUAUAAUGCCCUCGCGGAAAACCCAACCCAAGUCAGUGGUGAUGACGAAGUCAAUCUACUCGCUGCCCGCAUUGGCUACAAAAACUAA